CGGGCUCGUGGGUGCGGUCGGCUGUGUCGGGGAGAGCGGCUUCUGCUGAUGAGUGCGGCGAGCCCCUCGGCGGCCCGGCGGGCAUUCUGACGCCGCUCGGCAUCCCGAGGUGGCGCGACCCUCAGCGCCCCCAGAACCGCAGAGCUCCAGGUUGUCAGCGGGGAAGGCUGCACCGUUUUAGAGCCACCCUGUCGCGGUCUUGAACUUCGUGUUUGCAUGGUGGCGAGCAUUGCAUACAAGAAGAAAAGAUGUGGAGUGGGCUGUUACCUCCUGGGCUAAAUGAAAGCGAUGUUGAGUCAGAUUCUGAAGAUGAAGCCACACUAGAGAAUCCAGAACCUACAGAAUUUAAUUUACAGGAAGAUGGAAAGACUGACAGCAGUAGCAAGCCAAGAAUGUCAGAUUUCCCAGCAGGCAAGCCAAAACCGGAAACAGAGGCUGAUGCAAAUGCAUAUGAGAAGUGUCCUUCUGGAAUUCCUUUGAACAUGUGGAACAAAUUUCAAGAAUUGCAUAAAAGACAUUCUGAACAGAAAAACUCAACAUCAAGAUUUAGACAGAAAAAAAGAAAACGCUCCAAAAAAGGCAAAUUGAAGAAUGAAAAAGAAUCUCACAGUGAACAGUCCUCAAGUGAAACACAAUGGAAGGAGCUUACUCAGUAUUUUGGAGCCAAUGAUAGAUUUGAACCGCCGGUUAAACAGAAAAAAGUUGAGAAAUCAGGCCUUGAAAAGAGGAUAGACCAGGCUGUGGAGGAAUGGGAUGUUGAGAAGGCUGAAGAGCUCAGCAACCAGCUAGCUACUCGAGAGCUUGGUGUAAAAAUUGCCAAAGCAAUUGCCUGCCACAAGUUUGUUAAAGCCAAAAAGGAGGCUGAAAACUCACAGGCUGCUCGAAAGAAGAAGAAACUGGCAUGGGGGUUUGAAGCAAAGAAGAGAUGGGAAACUAAAAGCAACAUGGGAUACAUGUAGCCUCGCAGAGCGCUUCAGGAUGUUCAUUGAGAGACUGACUGGCCUGCUUCAUUUACCAAAAAGAUUUUCCUGUGUAGGUUUAAAAUGUCAGAAAAUUGAUAAGGAUAGAAAAAAGUAAGCCUAAAACUUGGGAGUUGAUUAUAAAUUCUUUUCAUUCUUUUUUCUAGAAAGUUUGUAAAGGAAAUGAGCAUUUUUAUAUUUGUGUAAGAAAUCUUAAGCAUAUGUACAAGAUGGGAAGAGUUUUAUUUAUUUGUAUAAACCUACAGUUUAAAAUCAAUUUUGUGUUUCUUCUGUUAGGUCUAGCAUAGCCUAUGAGGUCCUUGUACUUAUCUAUUCUUAACAUGACUGUACUUUUUCUAGAAUUGUGUUUUUCAGAUUGACUUUUGUUUAUAAUAGAUUAGUCAUAAAUAUAAAAAUUCUCAAUUGUUACUGACUUUACCAGUGACUUUAAUUACUUCAAUGUUAUAAGAAUAAUUAUUGAUUCUUUAUGGAGGCAGUAGAAUUCAUAUUUUGUAGUCACAUAGUAAAAGCAAUUUAUUAAUUUUUGUGUAAUGUCAGUGGGCAUAAUUACAGUAAAAUGGUAAAAGCAACACAUAGACAAAAGGACCUCCUACUCCAGUAAAAAGUGGACAUAACAUCUCUGGGGAAUGAUUUCAGCUUUGCCUAGAAAAUAUCUUUCUAACUAUUUCUCAACCAUGUCAUUCUUUAAAUUGUGAUUGUUGUUUGAAAAGGAAAUGGUCCGAUUGUGCUAGACAGGUUGUAUCCUGGGUUGUAACCCAGAAUAUCACAACUCUGGAUGUCUAACAGCUCAUUUGUUGUUACCUCUUCCUCUGCCACUUGAAAGAUGAAAUGAGUUAAUGAGGCUAAAGAGAGAACUAAUACCUGGGAGUCAUUGUCCUUAGGCAUAUGUUUUACAGUCCUAAUGGAAAUUAGUCAUUUGAUAACUGGCAAGACUAAAUUUGGACACUGUGAAAAAUUAGUCAUGAUUUUAGUUAUAUUAAUUUUAGAUUUAAAGCAGUAACCAUUUCAUUAACUUAUGGCGAUAUGUAAGUUUUCUUUAUAUAAAGAAUUAGUGAAUAAUUUGUUGCUCAUUAAGAGGCCAGAUGUUGCCAGGUGGUGGUGGCACACACUUUUAAUCCUAGUACUCAGGAGGCAGAGCAGGUGGAUCUCUGUGAGUUUGAGGCCAGCCUGGUCUACAGAGUGAGUUCCAGGACUGCCAAGGGUACACAAAGAAACCCUGUCUAAAUAAUAAUAAUAAUAGUAAUAAUAAUAGUAAUAAUAAUAAUAAUAAAUGUCAAAUCUUGUUUCCAUUUAGUUGAGAACUGAGAUCUAGGAGAUUGGAUAUCCACCUACUUGUCUUCAUACCUUUGAAAGGUGUCCAUUUAUAAAUGUUCCUGAGUACUGUGUACUCCGAGUGAGUGAAUGUAUGCUUCACAGUGCAGGAAUGUUUCCUCUGAAGUUCCUUGUGUGGCUGGUUUCAUAUGUUAGGUCCUCAGAACAUGCAUUCUCCUUGGGCGUCCACCUUAUUUUCUUUGUCGUUACGUUCACUAAGGCUAGUACUUUUGCCAGCACGUUUUCCUUCUCCCUUGGUGGAGUUUUUUUGUCAGAAUCAGAUCGUGGAGCCUCCAACUCCUCCGUCUAAUCAGCGAGGCCCUGCUCACCCACACCAGUGCCAGCAGUUUGCCUCUGCUUUUCAAGAUUUAUUUAUUCCCCUUUUAUAUGUAUGGAGUGUUCUGCCUGCAUGUAUGUCUCUGUACCGUGUGCUUGUCUGAUACCUGUGGAGGCCAAAAAAGAGGUAUCAUAUCCCCUGGGAUAUGUAGAUAGUCGUGAGAUACCAUGUGGAUUCUCGGAUCCUUUGGAAGAGCAGCCAGUGCUCUUACAGCUGGAACUUACCUGAGGGAAGGUGGUCAGAGAAGAGCACUCAGUUCCCUACUUGUGUGGACGUGGACUGUGGAUGCACUGCUGUGGGUAGAGGCUAGGAAGGAGGGGUUGGGUGAGAAAGCAGCACAGUGCUUUUGCUGCAUCUGCUCGUCUCUUAUUUGGAAUUAGUUUUAUUUGGGAUGAGCUUUAAUUUAACUUAUUCCUUAGAACAAUAAAAUGGUAGCAUUAUUCCUAGAGUAUUGGUGUUGCCCAAGGCAUGUAUGUAGUUAGGGCUACACUGAAAUAAGGGUUCUUUGUGGAUCAGUAAUAACUAUGGUUCCUGAAGCUUCAACUUGUUCAUUUACUACCUCCAGAAUGCUUGAAUUAGAUUAGUAAUGUGAUUGUCAGUUCCUGCUGAGUGAGAUUAAUAUGUUUAGACCAUUGGUAUGGCAUUAAUGUAACAUGAUUUAUUGUCUAAGUACUUCAGGUCAGAACAACUUACUGAGGAACAGUAAUUUUCAGCUUUUACUGCACUGGUUUUGAGAAGUGAAGUUGGUAGUGCAUUCUUGUUUAGGAGCCCUCGGGAUGUUUCUGAUUUCAGCAGAACAUUCUAUUUCUUUCACCAAAAGGAGAGUUUGAAUAUGUAAUCUCAAGCUGGCUAUAAUUAGUUCUGAUGACAGUUAAAUACCUCAGCCAAGACUGUAAAUCAGCAGUUAAACUCUGAUUUUUGCAACUGAUCAUAAAUCUCAAGCACUGUAUUUUGGGGCAGGCAUAUAAAGGAGGGGCAAACCUCAGACAGAGAUAGAAUGUCAUUGGAACAUUUGGUGACAGCUGUAAACCUCACACUUCAAAUCUCAUAUGGCUUACACCUUUUGUCUAAACUAUCUUUGAAGUCCUUUAGUAACUUAGGUUAUUAACAGUCAGUGAGAAAGUUGAAUCUUCCGUGUGUGUGUGUGUGUGUG